AUGAGUAGUAGAAUGGGGGCUUCUUCAUCUGUCGCCUCCGGAGAACAAGAUUUCUCUCGACGUACAGGAAUGACUCUUUCUAACACAGAAGAACAUUUAGCAUUGUUUCAUAGAGAAAGAAAAAAAAGAGUUACUGGAUUUGCAACUUUGAGGAAAAAGUUUAUAAGGAAGAGAAGGUCUUCUAAAACAUGUGAUCAUGGUCGAAUUAUAAGAGAACUUGUCUCAGAUUGGAGUCCACUUGAGAUAGGUUCACUUUUGGAAGAGUAUGAAGCAUUAGCUGCUUUAAAAGACUUAUCAGUUCAAGCAGAGCUUGCUAGACCUCCUGCAGCAACUUAUAAACAAGAUCUAUGUGCUUUAUAUGAUUUUAAGUGCUGUACUGAUAUAGAUUUAGUGUUUCGAGGUGCUUGUUUCCCAGUUCACAGAGCUUUACUGUCUGUAAGAUGCCCUUAUUUUCGUGAAUUACUAGCAGGAUGUCAUGGUCAUGGAUCAAGAAUUGCUCUGGAAUUAAGAACCCCAGGUGUUGAUAUACCAAUAUUUUCAGUUCUUCUGAGAUAUCUAUACACAGGAGAUAUUAAACCUGAGGAUGGUAUAGAUAUAACUGUUCUUAGAGCUCUUGGAGAAGAGUUUGGCUUGCCAGCACCUUUGGAAAGGGAUCUUCGCACACUUUUGGAGACAGGAGAUUAUGCAGAUGCUGCACUUGUAUUCACAAAUGGAGAUAAUCAGAGGCAGGAAUAUGCUGGCUCAGAGUAUGGAUUUAGACCAAAGGUUGAACUUCCUUGCCACAAAGCCAUUUUAAGUGCUAGAUCUCCAUUUUUUAGAAAUAUAAUUCAGCGUCGAACAAGAACAGGUGAAGAACAUACUGAACAUGCCUUAAACAUGUUGACAAGAAUUGUACUUGAUGAGUCAGUCAUACCUAGAAGAUAUGCGAGACUGUUGCUUAAUGUAAUUUACUUAGAUACAGUAGAUUUGUCACUAAUUUUAAGAGGUUCUUGUGCUUCUUUGCUUAGUUUAAGUGAAACACCUGCUAUUGCUCGUCAGUCAGCUAGGCUUUCUAUUCUUGAGGAAGCUAUGGAAUUAUACCAAAUUGGUAGAUUCCUAGAAUUGGAUAUUUUAGCUCAAGGAUGUGAAGAUAUCAUUUUGGAAGGAUUAACAUUGGAUUCCUUACCCAGUGUAUUAAAGUGGGGUAAUCAACCUCACGGCUCAGCUUGGGUCAAAAGACAAGCCCUUCAUUUUCUCAGGGAAGAAUUUCAAGCUAUAUCUGGUGGUCCAGUUUUGUACCAAUUAGAAAAGUUUCAUUUGUUGGAAGCACUUCAAAGUUCUUUUCUUCAGGCAAGUGAAUUAGAAGUUCUUCAAGCAGUUCUUAAAUGGGGAGAGCACAGAUUAAUGAGACGUAUGGAAGACAGAGAACCUAAUUUGCUGAGCCAUACAGCUCACUCUGUUGCCAAAAAAGGAAUUAAAAAAAGGGAUCUAAGUGACGUGGAACUUAGGGAAAUUUUAUCUGAUCUUCUGCAACACGUUAGAAUGGACCAUAUUUUGCCUCCAAAUAGUGAUAUUUUAACUCAGGCUAUAAGAAGAAGGCUUGUUAGUACACCUCCCACGCAUAUGAUAGGGGGUGAUCGAGAAGCACUCCGAGUGAAUGCAUGGAUCCGAAGUGGAAAAAACAAUGGACUUUACAUGAGGCCAAGACUUUUUAUGCCUUAUUACGAAGAAAUAAAGGCAAUAUUUGAAGACCAAAUGUUGCACCAAACUGAAUUAUUAAGAUUACGGCGAUCGCGCUACGUUGCCGAUAUACCUGAUACUUUAUAUAUGGUUGACGAUAAACCCAGAACCAUGGGUGUCGAUGUGCUUGCAGCUGCCAUUCCUGUACCAGAUCCCGCUGUAAUGGCUGCAAUGGUUCGACGGGAGCAGAAAAUUAAAAAUUCUCCUUGCGUACAAAGGGCAUUGGCUUUGCCCCUUUCUUCAAGAAGAGAAAUUAACCGCCAAGUUCGACUUCGUGUGGUUAGAGAAUUUAAUUUGCCAGACCAGGUUGCUGACUUGUUAGAAAAUGCUGCGUGCUAUUGUGUGGAGCCUGAUGAUAUUGAAGUUUGUGGUCCAUCUUCUUCUAAGCCCUCAGGAUCAAAUAUUCCGUGUUUUAACGUUCAUCCAAAUUCUCUAAGAGACCAUGCUUUUCGAACUAGUCUAGAACCCGAGUCAAGUUCGUGCAGCGAUGGUCACCUGUCUGAUGUUAUGCCUGAUGUGGCAAUGGCAACGUCAACUCUUAGCCAGUUACAGUUGCAAGAGCAGGAAUUAGAAUUAGAUCUUGGGGAUGGUGCUCCACACGCUAGCACUCCCUCAAGACCUCGUCUUCCAACUACCUCUCGGCAGCCCUACAGGCCAGGACUUCGCUUUAAGUAA